AUGGCUGAGUUCCCGUGUGAUCCAUGCAUGAGUAAAAUGAUAAUCGCCAGUGAAAAGUAUGGAUGUUCUGAAGAAAUCCUCACUAUCUGUGCAAUGUUGUCUUGCAAUGCCGCUGUGUUCUAUAGACCGAAGGCGAUGAUUAUUCAUGCCGAUUCGGCGAGGAAAGCGUUCUGGAGUCCAGCUGGAGAUCACAUUACUCUUAUGAAUGUGUAUAACAAGUGGAAAGAGACAAACUAUUCACAACAGUGGUGCAUGGAGAACUUUGUGCAACAUCGAACAAUGAAGAAAGCAAGGGAUAUUCGAGAUCAGCUUGAAGGGCUGCUUGAGCGAGUUGAGAUUGAGCCUAAAUCCAGUUCCUGCACCAUUGCCAUUCGAAAAGCAAUCACCGCCGGAUAUUUCUACAACUGUUCGAAACUUGACAAUUCUGCAGCAUUACAAGACGCCGGCAAGCACAAGCACACCGUACACGUCCAUCCGAAUUCUUGCUUUUCAAAACGCUGCAAGUGGGAUGUUUAUUAUGAGCUGUGUUCACGAGCAAAGAAUUGCAAAAGAGAAAGUUCUUGGCUGCUAGAAGUUGCUCCUCACUACUACAAAGGCCGUGAACUUGAAGACGCGACGAACAAAAAGAUGCCCAAGCAAAGAGGAAAAUCGGCACAAGAAUUGCAUGGUUAA